AUGUACAGUUUGUCGCCCAGUCGUUAUAUAACUGAAGUGAAAAUAACUUAUAUACGUGAUAAUUUACGAUACACGAAAGAAAACGUUUUUACCAUUUUCGGGCAAAAAUAUGAAGAUUCUUCAAAAGGAAAAGUAGUAUGGAUAACAGGAGCAUCAAGUGGAAUAGGUGAAUAUCUUGCAUAUGUUUUGGCAGAAGCUGAGUGUAAGCUAAUUUUAUCAGCAAGAAGAGAAGCAGAAUUAGAAAAAGUAAAAGCUAAUUGCUUACAAAAAAAUAUAAAUUUAAAAAAUUCAGACAUUGAAAUAAUACUUUUAGAUAUUUGUGAUAUAAAAAAUCACGAACCAGCAUUUAAUAAUGUCAUUGCUAAAUUUGGCAAGUUGGAUAUACUUGUAAAUAAUGCAGGACGAUCUCAACGAGCCCAAUGGGAGAACAUUGAUAUAUUUGUUGACAAAGAAAUGUUUAAUUUAAAUGUAUUCUCUCCAAUAGCUUUAAGCAGAUUGGUAGCAAAAUAUUUUUUUAAAGUUGGUGCAGGUCAUUUUGUGAUCACUUCAAGUAUUGCAGGUAUUUCUGGAGUACCAUUUUCUGCUACAUAUUGUGCAACUAAAUCUGCAAUAAAUGCAUAUUUUAACAGCUUUAAUAUUGAGAAAAUAGGGAAAAAUAUACCAAUUACAAUCGUAUGUCCAGGACCAGUACAAACUAAUUUUUUGACAGAAGCAUAUACAGAGAAAUCUGAAAUAUUUGGAAAAUAUAGAAAAAAACUCAUCAAGUAAAGUGAGCGCUGAACGUUGUGCCAUACUAAUGCCAAUUGCAAUAGCAAAUCAACUUUCUGAUGUAUAGAUUAGUAAACCACUUAUACUUCAA